CAUCAUCUCAAUUCGCGGUAUGAAAAUAUUUUGUGAAUAUAACUAUAUUCAUGAAUUUUUACGAAUUGAAUAACUCGUUUUCUUUAUUAAACAUUAACAGGAUUGUAGUUCUGUGAAUUGUUAUAAAGUUUUAAAAUGAUAAAGGAAUAAAAAAGAGAGAUAUCAUGCGAUAAGUUAGUUUCAAAAAUACUUUCAGCUUGCGUUAGUUACAGAGGAGAGAACAAAGAGAGGAAAGCAUGACGUUAAAUUACAAAGCUGUGCAAAUCGAACUUCUCGAUGGAAACGAUAUAACACGUUCGAUAUAUAAACGAACAAAAACGAAAGAAAUACUGGAAAACAUUUUUCAACUUCUUAACAUCAUCGAGAAAGAUUAUUUCGGGCUAUAUUACACCCACUUGGAAACUGAUGAUAGGGUUUGGUUAAAACCAAAUUCGACAAUAUGGUCGCAAAUCGUUAAAUUAUUCGAUCCGCCGUAUCAGUUGUACUUCGGCGUAAAAUAUUAUCCUUAUGAUCCUUUACUGCUGCAAGAAGAUAUUACUUUGUAUAUGAUGUAUUUACAACUGCGAAGAGAAGUGAAGGAUGGCAAGGUUGUAUGUUCAGAAGUUGAACGAGCUGAGAUGUUAUCAUACAUUUUGCAGGCGGAAGGAGGAGACCAUGGUGAAAAAUACAUCCACAAACAUCGAAACUUUUUCGUCAACUUACAACGCAGCUCGCCUGAUUUAGAAAAUGCUGUUUUACAGAAUUACAAGGAGCUAAAGGGUACUGAUCCCGCCACCUGCGAAAUGAAGGUCAUGGAAAAAGCUCUCACAGUUACAUAUUACGAUCAAGAGGUAUACCAUGUCCGUUCUGAAGCUCAACCCGGUUUAAGACGGCUUACACUAACGCUUGGUCCGAUUGGUAUCGGAAUAUAUCAAAACACGACAAAGUUGGAUAUCUUUGGUUGGAUGGAAAUUUGGAAUGUCGGGUAUAUCAACCACACGUUUUGGUUUCGUAUCGUAAGGGAUGGAGAGAAAAGUAAACAUAAAUUUCACUUUGAGAACAGUAAAGUUUGCGAGCAUGUUUGGAAAGCUUUUCGAAACUUCUUUCAGUUUUACAUUCAAGACAAAAAAGUAGACCCCAGGCUACUAUGGGGCAGAGUGCCACCACGGUUUGAGCGAGUUACUCUGUUCACAGAACAAAAAGCAACCCCACUCAAACAGAUCGUGGCGCCUAAGAUAUCCCAAGAUAACAUAUCUGGGUUGACUCCUGAUCCUAUUGGAAACAGUAAUAAAAUUUUACAGGAUCACUAUCGAGUGAAACAUGAGAAAACGCAACAACUCUCCACCCCAGAUAAAAAGCUGACGGGUAGUGGGAAGCUUCGAUCAGAGAAAGGGAGUCGGAGUUUAGAACAUAUCUUUGACAAUUCUGAAAAGUCUAAAAAUGUUUUUCUGGUGUCUGGACAUACAGAGAAUACUGUUGAAAGCAUCACAACGCCCGUGUGAGAUUAGAAAGUACCUACUGUUAGAGGGCGGAAAGGCGUAAAUAUUUCUACAUGUAGUAUAAAUUUCCAAUUAGAUAAACAAAUACACAAAAGUUUUUAGAGUUUUUAAGAA